ACUUUCAUGGGUGUGGUGAUUAGCUUGCUUGGUGAAAAUUUUAGUCAAAUCCGACCCGAGUUUGCGCUCGCUUCUGACCCUGUAAACCGAUUAAAUUGACUUAAAAUUAACACGGCUCCCUUUUGCGCUUUCUCUCACAGCUGGGACCAUGGUUGUGGUGUGAAAACGGAGCAGUGUGACACGGAUUUGAACGGACGGACAGAGCCUGUUUCAGGUGUCAGCUGGUAAAGUGUGUGUGUGUGUGCGUGUGAGAGUGUGUGGGUGUGUGUGAGUGAGUGAGUGAGUGUGUGUUUGUGUGCGUGCUGGCACGUGUGUUUUCCCAGCCCAGUCAUUAUUUGCAGUGGAGUGUGGCCUGAACACAUCUGAGGGACAAUGAGCGAGCUGGAACAGUUGCGGCAGGAAGCCGAGCAACUACGCAAUCAGAUCCGGGAUGCCAGGAAAGCCUGCAGUGACUCCACUCUGUCACAGAUCACAGCUGGUCUGGACUCAGUGGGCCGGAUACAGAUGCGGACGCGACGCACUCUAAGGGGCCACCUGGCCAAGAUCUAUGCAAUGCACUGGGGGAGCGACUCCAGACUACUUGUCAGUGCCUCGCAAGAUGGAAAGCUAAUCAUCUGGGACAGCUACACGACAAAUAAGAUGCAUGCCAUCCCGCUGCGCUCUUCCUGGGUGAUGACAUGCGCCUACGCCCCCUCUGGGAACUAUGUGGCCUGCGGAGGCCUGGACAACAUCUGCUCCAUAUACAGCCUGAAGACCCGUGAGGGCAAUGUGCGCGUCACCCGAGAGCUACCCGGACACACAGGUUAUUUGUCCUGCUGUCGUUUCUUGGAUGACAACCAGAUACUGACCAGCUCUGGAGACACCACCUGUGCAUUGUGGGACAUAGAGACAGGCCAGCAGGCCACCAGUUUCACUGGCCACACAGGUGACGUGAUGAGUUUGUCUCUAAGCCCGGACUUCAAGACCUUUGUGUCAGGAGCUUGCGACGCCACCUCCAAGCUGUGGGACAUUCGUGACGGCAUGUGCAGGCAAUCUUUCACCGGGCACGUGUCCGACAUCAAUGCCGUCACUUUUUUCCCCAACGGGAAUGCCUUUGGCACAGGCUCAGAUGACGCCACCUGCAGGCUGUUUGACCUGCGUGCUGACCAGGAGCUGAUGAUGUACAGCCAUGACAACAUCAUCUGUGGCAUCACCUCCGUGGCUUUCUCCAAGAGCGGCCGCCUGUUGCUGGCCGGCUACGACGACUUCAACUGCAACGUCUGGGACACUCUGAAAGGCGAGCGCGCAGGUGUGCUAGCGGGCCACGACAACAGAGUGAGCUGCUUAGGUGUGACAGAAGACGGCAUGGCCGUGGCCACUGGCUCCUGGGACAGUUUCCUCCGGAUCUGGAACUAAACAAACCUCUUCCCUGUUGUACUCAAUCACUGCCCGCCAACUUCCCCCCCCCCCCCCCCCCCCCCCCUCCGCUACCCCCCAUCCAACGUAUCCCGACUCAUCUGCUGAGCUGAACCUGAAGGGGUGUACACUGUGUCAGCCGAAAUCCUCUCAACUCACCCCCAGUUCUCCUCUCUCCGCUGGCGACCUGCCCACCUGUGAGAAACUACCAACUCUUUCUACCUUACCAAGUGACAUUUUUUUUCACCCAGCUAUUACACAGCAACAAAAAUAAGAACUUUUCACUAGAGUUGUCCAAUCAAAAAUAAAAAUAAGAGGUGAGUUAUGAAAAACUGAAGGAAAAAAAAUUGAAGAUUUUGCCCUUAUACCAGUUUUCUUCUAGGGGGCGAUAAAGAGCACCUGUUACUUUGACUAACAAGCAAGAUGACCGUCAGUGUGUAAUAUGUAAAUGUAAAUAUAAAGACAGUAUAUAUGUAUA